GUCCGGCUCGGAAACACAGCACAGAGGAGGCGCUCAGGUGAAGUUGUGUCCCCGCGGCAGAGGCGACUUUUGUGCGCUCGGGAGAGUCCGGAGAAAAAGUGCACAGCUGGAUCAUAUGUGGAAGUAACGCUGCUGUGAGCUGAGAGUUCAAAGCUGCACGACAUGAAACCGAGUCGAGAGGAAUAUAGUUAAAAAGUUACUUCUGCUGGCAGAGAAGAGGCCGUUUUCCUGCUUUCAAUUGGACCAUUGUGCUCAGGCAGCUGCUCUUUCAAUGAGGGAUACAGUUUUGGUGCUUUCGUCAGGCUGAAAUCCUCCAGGGUCAGGACCUCCCUCAUGGCUGCCAUGCUUUUCGGGCUGCUGCUUUUUGCGAUGCAGUCUCCCCCCAUCCCCUCCAGGCCAUUGGAUGAUGUGGGGCCCCCACCUCCUUCCACCUCAUCGCCCACCGACAUCGGGGCCAACAGCCACCCAAAUGGGACCCUCCAACAACUUCCUCAGAUUAUAAUCAUUGGUGUGAGGAAAGGGGGGACGCGGGCACUGAUAGAGAUGCUCAGUCUUCACAGUACGGUGGCGGCGGCGCAGAACGAGGUUCACUUCUUCGACUGGGAGAGUCACUUUCAGAAGGGCUUGCCUUGGUAUCUCAGCCAGAUGCCCUACGCCUUCCCCGACCAGCUGACGGUAGAGAAGACGCCGGCUUACUUCACCUCCAGCAAAGUCCCCAAACGCAUAUAUCAAAUGAACCCUAACAUCAAGCUCCUGCUCAUCCUCAGAGACCCCACGGAGCGGGUGCUCUCGGACUACACCCAGGUGUUUUAUAACCGUCUCCAAAAGCACAAGCGCUACCAGCCCAUCGAGUCGGUUCUGGUGAAGGAUGGCGAGAUCAACUUGGGAUACAAGGCUCUCAAUCGCAGCCUGUACUAUGUUCACAUGCAGAACUGGCUGCAAUACUUCCCCUUGAAGAGCAUCCACGUGGUGGAUGGGGAUGAGUUGAUAAGGGACCCAUUCCCAGAAAUGAAAAAGGUGGAAAGAUUCCUAAAACUUGAACCCCAGCUGAACGGCUCAAACUUUUACUUCAAUAAAACUAAGGGAUUCUACUGUUUGAGAGACCACGGGCAAGAACGAUGUUUACAUGAUUCAAAAGGCCGGGCUCACCCUCAUGUGGCGCCCGCCAUCCUGCAAAAACUCUACAAGUUCUUUCACGAACCCAACAAGAAGUUUUUUGAGCUGGUGGGCCGGACAUUCAACUGGAAAUGAACGUCUGUGUUGGUGUAGGGAUGCUUUGGGUUUUCAUUACUAAACAAGUACAUGAAGAGACAAAGCUAAUGUAAAUGAACUAAAUCUAUUUUUCUACUACUACGUUUGUUACAAUAUGAUCGAGAGCCAAAUAUCAGCGCAGACUGCAGUUCAUGACAUGCUCUGUUAGUGCAUGUCUGAUUUAUUUCUAUUUUCAAACAUUAAAAUGAACCGUCUUUAUGUACUGUUAGAAACACAGUACUGUUUAGCUCAUCUGAUCAAAGAUGCAUAAUGACAUUGAUAAUGAUAUUCAGAUUUUAGACUGUGCCAGUAAAUGUGUUACAUAAAAUUAGCACCAGGCACUUUAAUAUUAUCAUACCUUCAUGUUUCGCCUCAUAUACUAUGACAUUAUUAACGUCUCACUGCAUUUAGAGCUCUUAAGGACCUUUUACCUGCUGCUAUGAUUUUCUCAGUCACUUUCAGGCAUGAGCCGUAUUUCCUUUUGUUUCUUUAUGUAAACGUCUGAUAUAUAAAAGCUCUGCGCACAUCAUAUAUUUGCCGACCAUUACAGUGUACUGUAAAUAGUUUUUUAUAAAAAAGAAUUAAGGAAUUAAUACCAUAAUAAAGAUGUAUUUUAUUUUUA